AUGGUACAAGUGAUAGAAAGAAUGAUAAGGGGAUACCCCAAAGAAUGAGACUCUUUAGAUCUUCGUGAUUUUUUGGUAAGAUUUGGACUUAUCCUCAGAAUAAGAACGAAUGAAAAAGGAUUUUCUUUUAUAACUUUUCAUGCAGAAAAAGUCCGUGAGGAGAUUUCAGAAUCUCAAAUAGAGACUACAAAUUUUCGCUUACUUUUAGACCCGCCACAGAAGCCAGAAAACUACAAAUUUGAUGAUAUAGUUCCAAAUUUGAUUUAUAAUAGGCUUGAUAUUGGUAUACCUAAAUGGGAAGGAAACUCAUAUAAAUUUGUUAUUUUAGAUUCUUAUGCAUUACCUUGCUUAUCCUUUAUUAGCCUACAGAAAAGGAAACUCGAUAUAAGGAUAAUAAAGAGUGGAAUCAAAUAUAGAGUGCUUAUAACGCUAAAGCAUAUAAUUGAAUACUCUUGUAUGAAUGCAGCUGGAGGAUUUAGAGCGUUUAUAAGGUGUAUAAGACCUCCUAGGCUUUAUAAAUUAAAUCCAAGAAGUAAAAAAUUUCCAAUUUGAACGUUAGGAAUCCAAGAGCCAAGCUGAGUUAGAAUAGAAAACUUUUUUGACGGUUUUGAAGAUCUCCUUACUCCCUCCCUCCGUGAGCGACAAAAACAUUAGAAAAAUGGCUAUUUUUUGCCCAAAAAACCACCCUCCGUCAGCGAACAAAAUUUUGUUUAAUAGAAAAAUUUUUUAUGGGAAAAAAUUUUGAUAUAUAAGUGAUAAUUAGUAUAUUGAAAUUUCGAGCUAAUUCUGUUUAAUUUUAAACAAAUUGUUAUUUUAAAAAUAAAUUUUAUAAAUUAAAUUAAUAUUUGCUUUCUAAUUUUUGGAAUUUUUUAUAUAAAAUUUUCUAUAUAAAUUUUUUUAAAAAAAAAUUAACCCCUUUCCACGAGCGAACAAGAUUUUUUUUCGCUCACGGAGGAGGGGGGAAUUAGUUUCCAAAUAAAAAAUAUUUGUUUUCAAUUCACAAUAUUCAGCCAGCUUGAAACUGGCUUACUUGAAGCACUUGCGACUGCAGUUGUGACCACCCCAAAUUACCCUACACCUGUUCCAUCACCUAGAAAUUUAAUCACAUCUCAUGAAAUAAAUUCUCUCCAAGUCUCAUUCCAAACAAAAUUUAUGCUUUAUAGUAUUCUCAGCUUAUGCUAUAUUUCUUUAUUUGAGUUAACUAGAGAUUUUUUAUCAAACCUUGCAUCUUUAAAUCAGCCAAAAGUUGUUGAUACUUUAAAAUGAAUAAUAAAUAGUCAAAGAAAUUUCGCAAUCAGGUCUAUACCACAAUUUGAAGAACUAUUUAAUGAAGUAUAUUGUGAAAAUACAGAAUUUCCUGUAAAAAUUGCAGAAGGCUACGAAACAAUUAAUAGACUUUUGAUAACCCCAACUACCUUUUAUGCACUCGCAGGAGAGCCUGAGCUAUCAAAUCGUGUAACGAGACGCUAUUUUUAUGAAGACAAAGAAAACUUGUUAAGAGUUUCUUUUACUGACGAAAAUCUUAAUAUAUGCAUAAAAAUGGAGACUGGUCCUAACUUAGCCUCUUUUAUGCAAUUUUCUCAGCCUAUGACUAAGGCGAAACUGGACGAGAACUAGUUGGAGAGAGGGGAGUUAGAGGCUUCUCAAACAAGGAUGCUAUUUAAUAAGGAUUAGGCACAAAGCAUUUACUUGUUUAAACCUAAAUUCUACAGAAAACAGAAAAAAACUAGUAAGGUACCUAUCGAUGCUAUUCUAAAAGUGUAUCUUAAUUUAAAAUUAAUUUUAAUAAUAAGGCAAUUUUAAAAAUUGGCACUUUUGCUUGUCAACCUAGUCUAAUAACCAACCAUUUUUUUGGCAUGCCUACUUUUACCAUAGAGAUACACAUGUCCCUUUGAUAGUGCCAUACAAGAUCAUUUCCCAUCUAUUUUAACCUACUCGAUAGGGAAGUCUAUAUAGGGGCAUAGGCGGCUGCGGGUCUGAUUGCUAAAUUAAUAUAUAUGUCUAAUUAUAAAGGGUGGGGAUUGGGCUUAAUCAGGAGCCAAUACCCGUGAGACUUUAGGUUUUACUCCUAGAUCAAGCUACUCACCAAUCGCCCGAUGCAGGAUAGUUCGCCCUCUCGACACUGGAGUUGAAAAGGAAAGGAAGCUAGUUAACUACAAAAUACUCCAGAGCUUCCAUGGCGUCAGGAAUCAGAGAAGGCGCAUAUACAUUACUCUCUGGUAGAGUUAUCUCAACAGAUCAUGUGCCCGACAGGAAUGAUGUAUAAUGGAUGAACUCUCAUAGUGACUGCACAACUAAUACUACCAAGCCCACCUUUAAUUAAGACGAAAAUCUCAAUAAAAUUCUUCCAUACCCUGACGACUUAAAAAAAAGGGUUGAAUCAUUACUGGCUUGCCUUAAUUUUGCUGGAAAAUCUUAUCAAGUAUUAGGAUUUAGCGCUUCUCAGCUUAAAGAGCAUUCAGCAUGAAUGCUUCAUCAGACUGAAGAAGUUAAUGGCGAAAAAAUACGAAAAAAACUUGGAGACUUUUCUCAGAUUGAUUGUCCUGGUAAAUAUGUGGCAAGGGUAGGGCAGUCGUUCUCAGCAAGCCGAUUUAUGAUGACAUUGGCCGAAGACCAAAUUAUACGUAUUAAAGAUAUUAAAACUGAGAAUAAGAAAUAUACUUUUAGCGAUGGGAUAGGGAAGGUUUCACAAGAUUUGGUUACUGCAAUUAAUACACUUGCAGGAUGCAGAGCGUGUGCUUUUCAGAUUAGGCUUGGAGGAUGCAAAGGUGUGAUUGCACUUGAUGACACUUUAACUGGCUCUGUGGUAUAUUUAAGGCCAAGCCAAGUAAAGUUUGAAUCUAAGAUUAGAGAUUUAGAGCUUCUGAACCCAGCUGAAUUCAGAUUUGGAUAUUUAAAUAGACAACUUAUUAUGCUGCUAACUUUCCCUCUUUAAGCGAACAAUAGAUAUUUGAUAAAAUUAUAUCGAUAUAUAAGUAAUUAUUAAAAGAAAUCCUCUAUAUAGCUUGUAUUUUAAAAAAAAAAAUUGAUAUUUUUAUUCAAAUAUUUGCAAUAGAAUUUUAAAAGAAAGCUGUAGUCCAUUAGGAAUUUUUAAGGCGUCAUUACACUUGUUAACUAAUUGCAACCAGUUGCCUAUUUCCUAGUAAGAAGACUGCUAGAAUAAACUCCUGGUCACGAAAAGUAAGCAAGCAUACUGCUGCUUAAAAAUCCUAACUGACUUUCAAUUUUAUAUAAUUUUUUUUUAAUAGAAAAUCUCUCUAUGAACGAGCAAAUAUUUUCUGGAUAAUAAAGGAGAUUAAGCACUUUAGGAGUUCCUGAUAGUACUUUUGAUAUUUUGCAAGAAGAAAUGCUAGAGACACUUAGAAGUGACUUAAAAUCAUACAUAGAGUAUAUCAGAGGAGUAAGUAGAGGGAACCUAACUGUUCAGUGCUUAUUCCCCCCCUCCGUGAGUGAACAAAAAUAUUUUUAAUAGAAAAAUUUUUUAAGGAAAAAAAUUUUGAUAUAUAAAUGAUAAUUAUAUAAUGAAAUCUAGAGCUAAUUCUAUUUAAUUUUAAACGAAUUGCUUUUAAAACAUAAAUUUUUAUAAAUUAAAUUAAUAUUUGCUUUCCAUUUUUGCGAAUCAGGAUUUUUUUAAUUUCGAAAAAAAAAUAUUUUUUAUAAAAUUCACAUAUAAAUUUUUUUAAAAAAAAAAAAAUUAACCCCCCUCCGUGAGUGAACAAAAUUUUUUUGUUCACUCACGGAGGGGGGGAGUUAGAAAGGCUAAUGGAUUACCCUAGAGAGCCAAUUUUUGGAGAGUUAAAAGAGUUAUUGAUUACAAGAUCAUUAGAAGAGCUUAAAAAAAAGCAAAGAAUAUGGAUAAGAAAAUCAGGGUGUCUUAUGGGUGUGCUAGACGAAAAAGGAUUAUUGAAUUAUGGAGAAGUGUUCCUACAAACACAAGAAGGAGGAAUUGUCGAAGGGCUUGUUGUAGUAGCUAAAAAUCCUUGUUUACACCCUGGAGAUAUCAGAAUUUUAAUGGCAGUUAAUCAUCCAGAAUUGCAUCAUCUUUACCAUGUAGUUGUUUUUCCUCAAAAAGGAGAGAGACCACAUACUAAUGAAUGUUCAGGCUCAGAUCUUGAUGGCGAUUUAUAUUUCAUUACAUGGGACAUUCGGUUAAUUCCUCCUCACUAUGCUCAUCCUAUGGAGUAUGAUACUGCAAAGCCUAAAAAAGAGCCAGGCCCUUACGAUUUUACAACUUUAAUAUAUUUUUUUUCAUUAUUCAUAGCAAAUGAUAGGCUUGGGCAAAUUGAUAAUGCUCAUUUAGCAUUAGCUGAUGCAAGCAAAAACUAUGCAUUUGAUGAAAAAUGCAUAGAACUUUGCGAGCUUCAUUCUGUGGCUGUUGAUUUCGCUAAAACCGGAAACACCGUUACUAUACCUAAAGAGUUACAACCACAAGCAUUCCCUGAUUUUAUGGAAAAAAAAGAUAUGAAUUACUAUCAAUCACAAAAAAUAUUAGGGAAAUUAUACAGGAAAAUUGUAGAAUUACCUAAGGAAAGUAUCCCAGGAAUAAAUCAAAAAUUAAUAGUUGAAGGAUAUAAGCGUGAAAAAGGCAAUGCAAAAGAGAUUUUUGCGAGAUAUAAAAGGGACUUGCAGAUUUUGCUAGAUCAGUAUGGGAUAAGGACUGAAAUUGAAAUGCUGAUAGCACAGCCUGUAACUAUGUCAAAAUAUCAUAAAAAAAGAAAAAGACAAGAAGAAAUGAGAGAAAUUCUUACUUAUUUGUCAAAUAAAAUAGUUGAAAAAUACAGAGAAAUAUUUGAGCAGAAAGCUAGUAUGGAGCUUGCUUCAGCAAUAUAUAAAAUAGCUCAUAAAAAUAAUCCUCCAUACAGACUUUUUCCUUGGGUUGUUUGUGGUGACUAUUUGUUUAAUGCUCUUUCUUCCUAA